AUGCCAACGCUCCAGAUCGGCGGCAUACCCGUGAGCUUUCCCUUCACGCCGUAUGACUCCCAAGUUGUGUACAUGGAGAAGGUUAUCCAGUCCCUCGAGUUCAAGCAGAAUGCUUUGCUGGAGAGCCCCACCGGAACCGGAAAGACGCUGUGCCUGCUGUGCGCGACGCUGGCGUGGCGUCUCCAUCGUCUCAAACAACUGCGAGCAGCAAGCAACAAGCCGAAAGUCCAAUACGAAACUACCACCAGCAGACCUGACGAUACCGACGACAACGAUGACCAGGGUGUCGCGGACAAACUGCCCAAGAUCAUCUAUGCAUCGCGAACACACUCCCAGCUCAAGCAAGUCGUCAAGGAGCUCAAGCAGACCGCGUACAAGCCCAAAGUCGCCAUCCUUGGCUCCCGAGAACACUUGUGCGUCCAUCCAGAGGUCUCGCAGAUGCGCGGGACACAGCAAAACCACACGUGCCGCCAAGCCGUGCGCGCUCAACAAUGCACGUACAAGGCCGGGUACGACCGACAGGCGAAAUCCAAGCGGCACGCGGCGGCGUUGCCGAUUUUGGACAUUGAAGAGCUGGUGACGACGAUGAAAGGGCGCGAGGUGUGUCCAUUUUACCUGAGCCGGGACAUGCUCGUGGCCGCAGACCUUGUGUUUAUGCCAUACAAUUACUUGAUCGAGCCGUUCGUGCGCAACUCGCUCGGCGUCACUUUAGAAAAUGCCGUGCUGAUCUUCGACGAAGCGCACAACGUGGAAUCGGUGGCUACGGAGGCGGCGUCGUACAGUUUGUCGUCGCUAGAUGUCCAAGGAUGCAUCAAAGAAGUCGACGAAUGCCAUGGCCUGCUCGUGAACGGCCGCAUCCAGCCGGGCGAGGACACGUAUUUGAAUUCGCAGUCGGCCCAGACACUCAAGAGUUUACUCAUGGAAAUACAUACCGGUCUCAAUACGUUUCCCCUCAACGACAAGGGUGGGUGCACCAAGCCGGGGGCGUUCAUUUUCGAAUUUUUCAACCAGUUCAACAUUACAUUUGAGACGGCGCCAAUGGUCGUGACGAUCACAGAGCAAGUGAUCGAAGCCAUGAGCGACUACUCGCAGAGCAACCCUCGCAACUCCAAGCUGGACCAGUUGCUCACGUUUCUGCGCACAAUCUACCGAGACAAGGAGCACCACCACGUGAUGGCCAAGCAGUAUCGCGUCCACAUCCAAGAAGAACGCAUACAACCGGCGCCAGGAGGUCGAGGGCGGUCCAGCUACUCACGCCCAGUGUCAUCCACCCAGCGCAUGUUUCACUACUGGUGCUUCCAUCCUGGAGUUGCCAUGCACGAGAUCAUGGAAAACAAAGUGCAUAAUAUCAUCCUCACCAGUGGGACGCUGUCGCCGUUGGCCACCACCGUCAAGGAGCUCGGGAUUCCGUUUCCUAUUCAGCUAGAAAACUCACACGUGAUCGAUCCGUCCCAAGUAUGGGUCGGUGUCGUGGGCACAGGUGUGACUGGCAAGAAACUCAACGCGAGCUACGAGAGCCGCAGCUCCCCCGACUAUGCCGCCGAGCUCGGCAAUACCCUCGUCAACAUCACGCGGCUCGUGCCAAAUGGGCUGCUUGUGUUUUUUCCUUCCUACUCGAUCUUGGACCAGUGCACGGGUCAGUGGCAACAGCUCACUGGCACCACAGGGUCCAUCUGGGACCGCCUGGGGGCACUCAAGACGAUCUUUGUCGAGCCCAAGAACCGCGUCGAGUUUACGGGCGUCGUCCAAGCUUAUCACGACGCGAUUCGGGACCGUCCCACCGCCGGCGCCAUCUUCUUUGCCGUGUGCCGAGGCAAAGUCAGCGAAGGAAUCGACUUUUCCGACGAGAACGGCCGCGCCGUUGUCAUCACGGGCCUGCCAUUUCCCCCCACGAAAGACCCGAAAAUUGUGCUAAAAAAAGCAUUUCUAGACAACCAAGUCGUGCCGCCGCAUGAACUGAAAUUGACUGGGAAUCAAUGGUACGUCCAACAAGCAUCGCGCGCAGUGAACCAGGCCGUGGGUCGUGUGAUUCGACAUCGCCAUGAUUACGGCGCGAUCAUUCUAUUGGACGAACGGUUUGCGUACAACCAGCAAAAGGGUACCCUCUCCAAGUGGUUGCAGCCCCACGUCCACGUCACAGCGUCCUACGGCGAAGCCCACGGAGGUCUCACGCGAUUCUUUCGACGAAACAAGGAGCAUGCCGCCGCCACUGCCGCCGUCGAUGCCAAAGUGAAAGCGCUCGACACCUUCCAGCGACCUCCGCCGGCGUCGUCCUCGUCGAUCCCAACACCUGCAUCGUCGUCGUCGUCAUCCAGCAAACCCUUCAUCACGUCCAAGCCGUCCGACGUGCUGGCGAGCCAAGUGCCGAUAGGCGACGGCCAGUCGUUCGUCCCGCCCGCCAAGCUCCAAGCAGUUCCGCGUCCUCCAUUUCCAUCCCUACCCACCACCCGAAAACCUCCACCCCCUGUCACAGCCAAGUCGACAAAGUUGGAGCUACUGGUCCAUGAAACCAGACAGCUCAUGACGCCGACGCAAGUGACAGCGUUCAUCUCGUACAUGCGAGACCCUAGGCGCUAUUUGCCCGAGAUCGACGCCCUGCUUGACGCGUAUCCGUCGCUCCGCCGCCACAUUGCACCCAUGCUUCCGCCGCGGUCGGUGGCCCAUGCCAUGGACCAGCUCAAUCAACUCUCCUCGUCGUCCACGUCUUCCAUGGCGGCGCCAACGUCUUCGUCCAAGCGCAAGCGGCCGUCAUCGUCGUCGGCGGCCUCCCAACCGGCGGCCACAGUGGUGAAUCCCCAGUGCAGCAUUUGCUUUGACAUUGUCCAGACAACGUCGGCGCCGCCAUGUGGCCAUCUUUGCUGCGUCCGAUGCUGGCAAAAGCUCCAACUACCAGAUAAAACCAUCCCAUGCCCCGUAUGCAAACAGACGUUCCAUGCCGACGCGUUCACGCGGGUCGUGGCGGCCGCCCCCAAGCGCUUAAAGUAGGCUACAUUGAUCGGACUAGGGGAGAGAUACAAGAGGAAACGAACGAGAAAGUCGUCGUCCAUGACGCCUGAUCAUCAUCAUGUAUGUCC